AGGCAGGCCGCAGGAGCUUCCGAUUGGUUGUCAUCAAUAAGGGCGUGGCAUCAGGCGACAAGCUGCUGAGGCGGCAGGCUGCGAGAGUCCAGGGCGGCUUCUCUUCAUUCACCUAAGACCUGACGACCCUCGUUCUCCAGCCUGAGCUCGCUCUGUCCCAGCUGCCAUGAAUCGCUUCAAGGUGUCCAAGUUUCGGCAUAUGGAGGCCCGGCCAUCCCGCCGAGAGGCCUGGAUCAGUGAUAUUCGUGCUGUAACCACCCCCACAUGCGGGAACCACAUCAAAUCAAGCUGCAGCUUGAUCGCUUUCAACUCUGACCGCCCAGGUGUAUUGGGUGUCAUAUCUCUGGAAGGCCAUGAGGAAAACAAGAGGCAUGUGACCUACCUUGGCUGUCAUUCAGACCUGGUCACUGACCUGGACUUCUCACCCUUUGAUGACUUCCUCCUGGCCUCCGGUUCAGCUGAUAGGACGAUAAAGCUCUGGCGUCUGUCUGGCACUGGAGAAGGGCUUCCCUCUGUGCCUGGAGUGGUGCUGGGUCCUGAGGAGCUGCCCGUGGAGGUACUGCAGUUCCACCCCACUGUAGACGGUGUUCUGGUGAGCACAGCUGGCAAGACUGUGAAGGUCUGGGAUGUAGCCAAGCAGCAGCCCCUGACAGAGUUGGAGGCCCACACGGACCUGGUGCAGAGUGCUGCUUGGAGCCGGGAUGGAGCCAUUGUGGGCACAGCAUGUAAGGACAAGCAGCUUCGGAUCUUUGACCCCAGAGCAAGAACCCAGGCUUCUCAGAGCACACAGGCCCAUGAGAACAACAGAGACAUCCGGUUGGCGUGGACAGGCAUUCAAGAGCACCUUGUAUCCACUGGAUUCAACCAGAUGCGUGAGCGAGAAGCGAAGCUCUGGGAUACCCGGCUCUUCAGCAGUGCCUUGGCCUCCGUCACCCUGGACACCUCUCCUGGGCCUCUGAUACCUCUGCUGGAUCCAGACUCUGGGCUGUUGGUCCUGGCAGGAAAGGGUGAGAAUCAGCUAUACUGUUACGAGGUGACCCCACAGCAGCCUGCACUGAGCCCAGUGACCCAGUGCAUUCUAGAGAAUGUACUACGAGGAGCAGCCCUUGUUCCCCGGCGAGCACUGGCUGUCAUGAGUUGCGAGGUGCUCCAAGUCCUGCAGCUGAGUGACACAGCCAUCAUACCCAUCAGCCACCACGUGCCCCGAAAAGCUGUAGAGUUCCAUGAGGACCUGUUUCCAGACACAGCCGGUUCUGUGCCUGCUUCUGAUGCCUACAUGUGGUGGGCUGGGGAUAACCAGCAGGUUCAGAAGGUCAGCCUCAACCCAGCCCGCCGACCCCAUCCUUGCUUCACGUCCUCCCUGGUGCCCACUAUAGAACCAGCCCCUGACAUGGUCCAGCCUGCAGAGAUGCCCAGAGCUGACACAGACCUGAGUGAGGGCUUUUCUUCCCCUAGCUCACUGAUCUCACCCUCCACACCAUCCAGUCUGGGGCCUUCACUCUCCAGCACGAGCGGCAUUGGUACCAGCCCCAGUCAGAGGUCCCUUCAGAGCCUGCUGGGCCCCAGUUCUAAAUUUCGCCACACUCAGGGCAGCCUCCUCCACCGCGACAGUCACAUCACCAACCUUAAGGGACUCAACCUCACAACACCUGGUGAGAGUGAUGGCUUCUGCGCUAACCGGCUGCGUGUGGCUGUUCCCCUGCUCAGCAGUGGUGGGCAGGUAGCUGUGCUUGAGCUGCAGAAGCCAGGCCGCCUGCCUGACACAGCAUUGCCUACACUUCAGAAUGGGACAGCUGUAAUGGAUCUGGUCUGGGAUCCCUUUGACCCACACCGGCUUGCUGUGGCUGGGGAGGAUGCCCGGAUCCGACUAUGGCGGGUGCCCCCUGGUGGCCUCGAGAAUGUUCUCACCACACCUGAGACUGUGCUCACAGGCCACACAGAAAAGAUCUACUCUCUGCGCUUCCACCCCCUGGCUGCCGAUGUACUGGCUUCCAGUUCCUAUGACCUAACCAUUCGCAUCUGGGACCUUCAGGCUGGAGCUGAGCGGCUGAAACUGCAGGGCCAUCAGGACCAGAUUUUUAGCUUGGCCUGGAGUCCAGAUGGAAAGCAGCUGGCCACCGUAUGCAAGGAUGGGCAUGUGCGGGUCUAUGAACCCCGCAGCAGCCCUUUACCCCUACAGGAAGGUCCAGGACCUGAAGGUGGCCGUGGAGCCCGCAUUGUCUGGGUGUGUGGUGGUGGUUGUCUGCUGGUAUCUGGCUUUGACAGCCGGAGUGAACGCCAGCUACAGUUGUACAUAGCUGAUGCCCUGGCACAAGGCCCUUCAGCACUGCUGGGCCUUGAUGUAGCUCCCUCGACCCUGCUUCCCAGCUAUGACCCUGACACAGGCCUGGUGCUUCUCACUGGCAAGGGCGAUACCCGUGUGUUCCUGUAUGAGGUGCUCCCGGAGGCCCCUUUCUUCCUGGAGUGCAACAGCUUCACAUCACCUGACCCUCACAAGGGUUUUGUCCUUCUGCCCAAGACUGAGUGUGACAUUCAGGAUGUGGAGUUUGCCCGAUGCCUGCGGCUGCGCCAGACCUCCUUGGAGCCUGUUGCUUUCCGGCUGCCCCGGGUCAGAAAAGAAUUCUUCCAGGAUGAUGUGUUCCCGGACACAGCUGUGACCUGGGAGCCAGCACUCAGUGCCAAAGCCUGGUUUGAGGGUGCUAAUGGACAGCCCCGGCUACUGAGUUUGCAGCCCCCUGGCAUGACCCCAGUGAGCCAAGCCCCCCGUGAGGUCCCUGCCCGAAGAGCCCCAUCCUCAGCACAAUACUUGGAAGAGAAGUCUGACCAACAAAAGAAAGAAGAGCUGCUGAAUGCCAUGGUAGCAAAGCUGGGGAACCGAGAAGACCCACUGCCACAGGACUCCUUUGAAGGGGUGGAUGAAGAUGAGUGGGACUAGCCUGCACGAGAGGCACGCCUAGUCACAGCUGCCACUGCCACCUCCUAGAACCACCUGCUGCCCCUCCACACCUUAGAUCUCUGCAACCUGGACAAUGCUGCACUGGCCCUGGCACGCACAUCCAGCUCAGAAGCCCUGAGUGUCACGGAAGCCUCAGGCACUUCCACAGCUGCUGGGCCUCCAUGCAGCUGCAGAGACUGUCUGCACCUUGGCCCUCUGGAGCCAACUGUUUAUCUUCAGCUGCCUGUUAGCAUGUGACACCAGUGGGUGGGAGGUAGGUCUCAGUAGCAUGUCUCUGGGCCAACUCGGGAUGCCCUGUCUCUCCCAGUCUUUCUGCUGAUUUCCUCUAACAUCUUCAGUUACUACAAGCCAAGCUAUCUUGCCUACUGCACCAGCCUCAGUCAAGGACACUGGGGGCUGGUCCCCCACCAGGCUGUUGGGAGCAGCUUUCUCCUUAGGGGCCUAGGACCAUUUGUCCUGCUUCUCCUGGCUUGAGGAGAAAGGGUCUCAUGGAGCUAACAGCCUCAUUACAGUGGUGUGGACCCCAUAACAAACAGCCUAUAUAGGAUAUGCUCUGGAUGUUUCCAGCAAUUAAACUUUUCUAAGCCGGC